AUGUCGCCCACAGUAGCCGAGAGCGCCGCCGAACAAGAGGAGAACUUUGAGUUCACCAUCGUGUCUCUGACGGGUCAGACGUGGCACUUCGAGGCAACGUCGUACGAGGAGAGAGACGCCUGGGUUCAAGUCAUCGAGAGUCAGAUCCUGGCCAGUCUGCAGUCCUGUGAGAGCAGCAAGAACAAGUCUCGCCUGCCGAGCCAGACGGAGGCGAUGGCUCUGCAGUCCAUCAGAAGUAUCCGCGGCAACGGUCGCUGUGCCGACUGUGAGACGCAGAAUCCGGACUGGGCGAGUCUGAACCUGGGCGCUCUGAUCUGCAUCGAGUGUUCGGGCAUCCACAGGAACCUGGGAACCCACCUGUCCAGAGUCCGCUCCCUGGACCUGGACGAAUGGCCUCUGGAGCUCAUCAAGGUGAUGUCGGCCAUCGGCAACGAGCUGGCCAACAGCGUGUGGGAGGCCAACGCUCAGGGACACAUGAAGCCUGGACCCGACGCCAGCAGGUAG